UUUUGUUGGGUCAAUUGGAAGACUAAAAUUGAAUGAUAAAGAAAUUGAUUUGAAAAAUCUAAAGGAAAAUCAAGGGAAAAUUUCUUUAGAGGAAAAUACGCAUCAAAAGAGCAGUCUGGAACAACGAGUUAAUGAAUGCUCUCGAGAGCCUUUGUCAAUGCCAAUCCGGAUUUACUGGCAAAUUUUGUACUCUUCCUUCAACAGACGGUGUUUGUCCAGUUGACAGACGUCGUUGGUGUUAUAGAGGUGUUUGUCUAUGGGAGGAUGGCCAUGCAAAAUGUUUGUGCCCUCCUGGCUGGUUAGGACAACAAUGUGAAAAUAAAGAUGAGAAAUUUGAAGAGGAAAUGAAGAGUAUUGAAUUUAAUGGAGAAAAUUCUCUCUUAGCAUUUUCUUUAAAUUCUACCAAAAAUGAAGGAGAAAUGGGUGAAAAUGAUGGAUUUAUGAUUGAAUUUCGCUUGAAUCCAUCCAUCAGUCCAUUUAAUCAAGAACAAUUACUUGUAGCAUUAAUGAGGGAACAAGAUGCUCAAGUUCUGGCUGGUGUUACUAUGCUUCCGCAAAAUGACUUGCAACAAUCUUCCCCUUCAACAACUAAAAGGCCUUCAUUAAUCAAAAAAUUGAGACCCCAAAAUUCCAUGUUAAUCCGCUUAGAAAAAUUGGGAACAGACGAGGUUGGAUUGCUAGUAGAUGGAAGGCCUAAAGGAACUUGGAAAUUGCCUUCUCUAAAAUACCCUGAACAGUCUUCCGGAAUUUUUCUUCUACUUGGAGGAUUGUUACCACAACAGAGAAGCAAAGAAUACAAAAAUAGUGUCCAAUUGGAUGAGGUUUUGCCCUUCUAUGGGUGUUUGAGUGAAUUAAGUGUGAAUGGAAAUUUGUUGGAAUUGAAGGAUUUGAUUAAUAAAAAGGACUCGAUUGCCGUUAAUUUGAAUAAGUGCCAGGCGAAAACUGAGGAGGGAAAAGUUGAAGAGAAGGAGGAAGAAGAGAGGGAGGAAAAGGAAGAGGGGAGGGAAGAGAAGGAAGAUGAGGAAGACUAUGCAACAUCGACAACCUCAACACCUUCCACUACACCUACAUAUAUUCCUGUGGUGACUGACGUUACAGAAGACCCGUUGCUUGAAGUUAAAGAUGUUGGCUAUAGGGAACAGGAGGUUAAAAGUGCAGAAGAUAAAUAUGAACCAGAAUUUGUUGAAGCUUCUGUAGAACCGUCACAUCCUGGUAUUAUGCCUGAUACUCUCUCGCCAGAUCCACUUCCUACCGUUAUUAAAAAGACUCAAACGCCUGAGGCGAUUUACAGUACUAUUCAAAUGGAUGAGGAAUCUACCUUAUCGCCUUUGUUAGAAGAGAGUGAAGAGGAUGAGGACGAGUUGACUACUUUAAUGCCAGCUCCAUCAGUCAUAUUGUUACCUUCAAAUAUCGAAAUGUCAAAAGACAAAACGUCUACUGACAAAACGUCCGUGGACAAAACGUCCGAAGACAGAACGUCCAGUGACAAAACGUCAACUGACAAAUCGUCAAGGGACGAAAUGUCCGGUGUCGAAAGGUCCAAAUACACAAUGCCACACAUAGAAACCUCAACAGACCAAAUGCCAGCUACCAUUAUCUACACUACAGAAGGAAAGCCCCUAGUAACAGUAGAUCAUCAAAAACAAACCCUAGAAGGAUUGGAGCAAAAAAUAUUCCGAGGUUUAUGUGACCAAAAAACUUGUGGAAUACAUGGAAGUUGUGAAGAAAUAAAUUCAACACAUGUAACGUGCCAUUGCCGUGAUUUUUGGGCUGGGCAAGAAUGUGAAGAGUUCCAACCAUUGGAAUAUGCAGCGGGUUUUGAUGGCUCUGCAUUUGUCGUAUUCUCCUCAGAAGAAUUUCCACAUAUGAUUAGCGAUUUGGAAGAAGUUAUUCAAUUCAAAUUGAGAACUAGAGCAAGAUAUGGUUUAAUCUUUUGGCAAGGUCAACAUCCUUCUCUGGACAGAAGAGAAGGGACGGAACAGUUUGGGGAAGAUUUUUUGGCUAUUUCACUGUUGGGAGGGCAUUUAUCGUUCACUUAUGAAUUGGGUGGAGGAGCAGCUCAAUUAAUCAGUAAAAGACCUGUGAAUGAUGGAAAGACUCAUUUGAUUCGCGCCACUCGUCGAGGUCGCAACGGCACAUUACAAAUAAACAGAGGAAAAGUAGUAGAAGGCAGAAGCAGCGGAAUCCUUGCAAUGUUGAACGUAGAGGGAAAUAUAUUUAUUGGAGGAGUGCCAGAUUUAAACAUUAUGACGGCUGGGAUGUUUAAUCAAAAUUUUGUUGGGUGUCUUGGAGAAGUUGAAUUAAAUGGGCAAAGAAUUGACUUGAUGGCUAAUGCUAUUGAUGGAAGGAAUGUUAGGCCUUGUGGAGGGUGGAAGUCAAAAAUAGGGUCUAAAGGAAGGAGAAAGAGGCUAUUGAGGAGAUUAAGAAGAAGGAAUAGAGGAUAG